AUGACCAAGGUACCAGCCACCAAGAAGAUACAGAGUUCCCCCAUCUCGGGGGCCCUCUGGCCAUUUUAUGCCUCAGAUCUUCCAACACAGGUCCCAGACAAGCCAAUGAGGAGCAUCAGGUACAUGGACAAGGAGAUAAUAAACCUCAAGAAAGACCUCAUACGAAGCCGCAUCUUGAUUCAGUCGGUGAAGAUAGGCCACGGAUACUUUUCCAUGCUGCGGGAGGAGAGUGCCUUGAAGAAGCAGCAGCAACAACGUCAGAAACUAGAAGAGGAAGAAAGACAUAAAUUCCAACCAGCCAAAAACAUAUCAGAAAUCCACUAUGGGGAUAUUCUUUUGACCACCUACGGGGAUGAGAGGACAAAGAAGAUGGGGGCUGGAGUCAUCCUCCAGCCGUUCAUCCCUGUGCACAGCUGCAUCAUUGCGCCCUUGCUGCCAAAGGCUCACGUUGAGCCCCUCUUCCGCCAGCUCUGUGCCCUCCACUGGCUCCUGGAGGCUCUGACUAUCGACCAUACCCACCACACCAUGAAGCCAGUGAUCACCUGCUGGAAUCCAAAGGACCCGGGCGGAAGCAAGAACACAAUAAAAAAAAUUAAUAAGGACAAGUCCAUUGGACAGAGGUGGGAGCACUUCGUCACAGCGCCCAAGACCAAGAAAUCCAAAAUUCCUGUGAUACGCGCCACCAGCCGCAAACCAAGCCGGCGGGGCUCGACCCUCAGUCUGUCUCGGACGAGUGGAGGGUCCUCCCCCCAGAGCAUGGUCUCCGGGAACCCAGGCUCAGAUGAGCCCCAAAGUGUGAUCACCCAGGCAAUGGGCAGCAAGGAUGUCGAGGACAAUGAGUCGUCUUCGACCAAGCCCGACGAAGAGCCUCUCCAUGCCAAUCUGCAGAAGCUCCUGGAGAUGGUUCGGGAAGAUACUCGGAGAACAAACACAGUGGAAAACGGGAUGCAAAAACAAGCGCCCAGUGUCUUGCCAAUGCUCAGACAAAACAAGAGUGAUUCUGCCUAUAAAGACAUGCAGACCACCCACAAAUCAAGUGACAGAUCCAGCAGUACAAGUGGAGACAGCCACUCCCAGUUACUGCAGAAGAAGCCUAAAAGCCGCGCCAACCGUGACAUCAUGCAUGGCAAGAGUGGGGUGUGUAACACCAUGAGGGCCAAGUUCUACAGUGUGGCCCAGGAAGCUGGCUUCUGUCUACAGGACAAGAUGGAAAUCUUCAUAAAGCGCCAAGAAGAAAGAGCUCUCCAGAAGUUCCAUGCUUUCAACCGUGUCUCAAAUUUCCAAAAGGAUAUAGCAAAGAUGAGACGUCAAGUCUCCGUGGUAAAAGGAGGUUCAGAAGAAAUUGCAGACCACUGGUACUUUGACCUGCUGUCCAAACUCCCUGAGGAUCUAAAAACUUUCCGCCCCGCCAGAAAGAUCCUGUCAAAACUGCAGAAGUUUGGAGAAAAUCUGGACCUGAGGAUCCGGCCGCACGUCCUCCUGAAGGUGCUGCAGGACCUGAGAAUCUGGGAACUGUGCUCUCCGGACAUCGCAGUGGCGAUCGAGUUUGUGCGAGAACACGUCGUCCAUAUGCCUCAAGAGGAUUAUAUCAACUGGCUGCAGAACCGAAUCAACGUCCCCAUUCGACCCCACAGUGCCCAGCCGUAGGGGGACUGGGUUGACCAGCUAUCCCAGUGGAGGCGGGCUCUCUACACUGUAUUCCUGCUUCCUGCCUAUUCUUAUGAAUACUCGUCAUGAUACAGUAGGGUCCUCUGCACACCGGCUUCUGGCAACAUUCGAGAGAGAGAGAGCCAUUCCCAGGUAGAAACUCGCCUCUACCUCUCACCCCAGCCUCAGUCUCCCAGCCUCUGUUCCUAUGUUCCAGCCUGACCACCCACUCCCUCUCCAGGUUCCUUCACC